UCUUUUUUCUUCCCCUCCUUCGAUCUCACCCAUACAUCCAUGUAUCGCAGAAGAGAGAGAAACUAGAGAGAGAAAAUUCCCUUAGAGUAAAAGAGAAAAAGAGAGAGAGAGAGAGAGAAAUAUGAAGAAGUGCGAGCUGUGCAAGCUCCAGGCCCGGGCCUAUUGCGAGUCGGACCAGGCGAGCCUGUGCUGGGACUGCGAUGCCAAGGUCCACGGAGCCAAUUUCCUUGUGGCUCGCCACUCCCGGACCCUUCUCUGCCACGCGUGCCAGUCCCAAACUCCCUGGAAGGCUGCCGGCGCCAAGCUCGGCCAUACGGUCUCCGUCUGCGAGCGCUGCGUCGGAAACAAAGAAGAAGUGAGAGAGAGCCAAGGAGGCAAUGAUGAUGACGAAUACGACGACGAUGAAGAUGAUGAUGAUCAUGAUGUAGAUGAUGUGGUCGACGACGACGACGAUGAUGAUGGUGGUGGUGAGGAGGAAGAGGAAGAGGAGGAGGAGGAGGAGGGGGAUAAUCAGGUGGUGCCGUGGUCUACGACGACGCCUCCGCCAUCGGCGAGUUGCUCGAGCAGCGAAGAGGAACCGGUUAGAGUCUCUUCGUUGAAGCGAAUGCGUCAGAAUGGCUCAGAUCUUCGAAGCCCUCAGAAGGACGAUCUCGGCCGUUCAUCGGGCGGUGCGGCUUUGACGGCUCAGGCGGAUGACUGGGAGGCGACUUCGACUGACUCAUCGAGGCCUUGGAAGAACCAGAGGACCGAACCGGACCGGCCGGUUCAACUUUAUGACGGUUCGGCAUCUUCUUCGGCGACCAUUAUGUCGUUCAAAAGAUAUAAUCGGCGAGAUCUCCGUGAACCGAGAGAGGGAUCUAAAUCUAAAAGCCCUUGAUUUGUUUCCCUCGGAUUCUCUUAGCCGUACGAUUUGAGGUAGCUUGUGGUAGAUAUUUUCAUAAUUUGACCCCCUCCUUCUAACAAAAGUAUUAGCUGUUCCCCGUUACUUAAUUUGUACUACUAAUUUAGAGGAUGGAGAUUAUGGUUCUCUCUUAUUUUCCUUGUUUAAGGGUGGUAUCCGAGUUUAGCAAAGAAUUUUUAUGUCUUGAAAAAGUACCUUGUAUUGGCAUUCAUAUGGAUUCUCUAUUAGAUUUCACAUUUCCUCUA